AGGAAGUGCACAUCACAACGAAGACACAUUGGAAUACCUUUCGCGGCACUCACCGGAAUCCCUUGGAUCCAUCAAACCCGUCUGGCGUGGACAGUGGAACCAAUUUUUCGGAUCCAUUUCGUCACAAACGGCGCACAGACAUGUCUCGAUACAUUAAGAAGCGAGUUAGUCUGCUGACAGGCCUCUCCCAAGAGCUCUAAUCGUUUUUCAAUCAGCAUCAGUCAUCACUGGUCCUUCGCGGUCUGAUGCUUUCUCGAAUCCUUGUUUUGGAUGAUGACAAGGGGGAGUGGGUUGAGCAAGGUGGAUGAAGAUCAUGAUGGGAAUUUUGCCUGCUCCAAAGCGGGUAUAUCUAGCGUCAGACAGCCUUCAUCCUUCCUUCUCCCUUCUUUCUUAACCACCGUUAUCUUCUUCUUUCUCAUCACCGUUUACAAUGAGCCUUUCCAAUGAUGCGAGAGACAAGGAUCUCGGUCAGUUUCUUGAAACACCAGGAUUAUCAAGCAAAGAAGUGUCGGAUGUUUUACAGGAGUUCGUGCUUCAGAGCAUGAGGCGAGGCAGGAGAGUUAGAGAAUGGUGUAAGGAGGUUUCUCUUGCUUACAGUCGAGCCCAUUCAUUACCAGCCAUCCGCAACGCUCUCUCCACACCUCUCUUAUCAACCCUUCUACCAUUCACCCGUCUUCCUGCGAACCCUUACUUUCCUGCUCCAGAACCGCCUCUGCCACCGUCACUUCUCCCCAAUUCCUUCCUUCCUGCCCUGACUCGUAACCAGUUAAUUGAUGCGCUUGCACGGCUAAGCAAAGAAGAGCGGCUCAUCUCGAAAACAUUACACUACGAACAGGAGCUAGUGUUAGAGCUGUGCCUGGAGUACAUUGGAAGGAGAUGGAGAUCUUCAGAGGCCGUAGCUGAGAAUGUGGUCGAUGACAUCAGUCGCAAACUAACAAAGGUCGAAUUCGAAACUCUCAUCCGAGGCUAUCCCCCAGUGGUGCGCACCAUUAUCUCGCCCGUCCUUCACGAGGUCAGGUUCGUCCUGGGCUUUGUCACGUCAUCCCAGCUUGUCGCAAGGCUCAACUCUUCUGGCCUGAGCACCUAUCUUCAUCCUCAAUCCCGGCCAUACCAGAAUAUCACAUCGUGGAUCGAACGACGGCUCCAGGCCGGCGUACCUUAUCCGCUCCUUUUGGAAGAAUGCAAGACCAUGAAACAAAGAGUCAGUGACGAAAACGGCGACACCAUCAUGGACGUACUCGGACUGUUUGGUCUCGCACAGCCAUUCGUCGACGGUGAUUACUCCAGUUAUCACUUGGUCCGAAAGUCUUCGCACAGCCCCUCCUUCAAGCCCAAGCUCAGCCCCAAGUGGUUCUCCCAUAAGCAUGCCCAUUCGUCACUAAGUAAAUUCGACUUCCCCAACCCUUAUCGUCGACCUUCUUUGCCCGCGAUUCACUCACAUAAUGGAGCCACCUCAGUACCACGUAUACCCUAUUCUAACAGGUCCAAUUCAUCUUCAUCCUCUUCAUUAGCUCCUGGCGAUGACGUUUACACUUCCCUAGGAUGUGCCAAUAUCUCAGAAGCACGAUCCAUUCUUCUUUGGAGGCUUUUGGAUAUGCGCUAUCAUGUCCUUGAGGGGGGAUGGUUCCUUGGCGGUGGGAGGGAACAGGCUGAAACGAUGUUUAAUUCACUGGAACAGAACAUAGUGAAUGACAUGCCAUUGAGAAAGCUAUUUUACUUCCUUCGAUUCACAUUCGGCCUUCACUUCUCGCCAACGACAGUCUCGAAUUUAAACGUACCAUCCAAUUGGUUGUCCGGCGAGACACUCCAUGCUAGAGACGUUUCCUUCGACCUCGAGCAAUAUAUUCGAGACAUAUCCUUACCUGUUCAGAUCACUGAAAAUGAUGAUGAAGACGAAAGACAAUUUGAGACCCAUUAUCGCUCACGAUGUGCAACUCCAGCAACUAUGUCUUCUGCACGGACAAGCGGGUCUCAGGUACAUGACUUGGGCAAACGGGCUUCAAGCGUCAGCACUUUCACAAUCAGACAGGCUGUAAGACGAGACACCAUCAAGACCAGGGCGAUAGAGUUCCGCUUCCCGAUGAAAAAGGUGGAGAUCCUGCACGAAGAUAAGAGGCGGAGUAAAUUGACUUCGCGUUCGGUGUCGGACUUCAAAGACGAGUCAUCUUAUACCCGCUUACCGACCAAGUCUAGAUUGACGAGGUCUAAAAAUGUGACAAAAUCCGCGGCCCAGCGAGGGGAAGGGCUUCAUAUCGAUACCUCUGUAUCAUUGUCCAGUCAACAAUCUCAUCCUUCUCCAACGUUGUCUACUUCUACUACCCUUGUACAGAGCUCUUAUUCCCAGGAUGGCUCUUUACCAAACACUCCCACUUUGCGCAAUCUUCCUCUGGGCCAGAAUAAGAGACAACUGCACCGUCAAUGUGCUAUCUUUGACGGUGAGCCUCUGAGUCCAUUAAAAGCUUCCGAUUUCCAUUGUUUCCGAGAGAUAUCACUUGACCUUACACCCUCAUCUUGGUCAACCCAGUUUGCUCAUAUGAACCCUCUCCACGCUGAAUCCUCCCGUUCGGAACAUCAUGAAGAUUCAUUCCGCUUGUCACCCACUUCGACAUAUCAAGACUCGUCACGUGUACCGCUGUCAUCCAUCCUCAAGCUCUUCCGGGACUUGUCCAAUGGACGCGAGCUGCAAUCCGAAGAAGUAGAGGAUGCGUUGAUGCGUCUUGUCGCAAGCGAACGAAGGUCGGUUGAGGACAAGGGCGACGAUUGGGAUGCAGAGGCUAGGUGCAGGGUUGCGUGGUUGAUUGAACAAGUGGCAAUCUUGCUCAAUGAUCCCAUAUACGUGCCGGCAAUAAGCAACGUGGUUUCUUCUCUAUCUUCCGUAGAGGUCUGUCCUCGCUUUCAAGUCCCGGCCGUCUUAGAAAAAAGAGCUGUGGCACCCAGCAGAUCCUUCUCCCACUCUCAUAUUUCAACCGCUCCUGAUCACUCUGCGCUUCGCCGAUUCCAUAAUUCUCAGUCUUCAGCUAGCUACUGCUAGCCAUCGCAGGCACGAUCUGAGACUUCCACUGUAUUUUUAUUUUUAUAGUUAUGACUUAAUUCGACACCCAUACAUUCGGGUUGACUGUCAGCAUUAUCAAGUCUUUAUUAUAAUUAUCAAUAAUUCUAUAAUAAAUGCUCACUCUUUUUGCAAUGGUAGUCAUCCAUAAUCAGUGAUGCCCUCGUGUCACUUUAACAUAUCUCACGUCACGGGUUCCGUACACGCAG